UUCGGUUAUCUUCGGCACUUUCACACGAAGAUUGCGUCACUUCCGGUCUGAGCUGCACCCGACCUAGGAACGACUUCAAGUAUUUGGGUGACAAGAUCAGAGGUGAGCUAGGAGGAAGAUCGACACGAUUGAGGCCAUAAUAUCCAAAUGGUAGCCAGUAUAUUCCUGCUCAUCAGCAUGUGAUCAAAUCACCACCAUGAGCGCCGCCAAUCACAACCUGAACUUGGAGAGGGAGCGAGAGCGGGAGGGGAACCUCAAUGGCGGCGCCACGGCUGCCCCCAACGCCAGCCCCACCGUGGCGGUCGUGGCGAGCAAUGCCAACCCUGGUCGCGUACGAGUCAACCUGAUGGAGGGUGUGGGGGCGCGUGUGAUCCGCGGGCCAGACUGGAAGUGGGGGAAGCAGGAUGGAGGGGAGGGGCAUGUGGGAACUGUCAGGAACUUCGAGAGCCCUGAGGAGGUGGUGGUAGUGUGGGAUAACGGGACAGCAGCAAACUACCGCUGUGCUGGAGCGUUUGACCUGAGAAUGUUGGACAGCAGCCCUACAGGCAUCAAACAUGAUGGCACCAUGUGUGAUACCUGCCGUAUGCAGCCCAUCUUUGGGAUCAGGUGGAAGUGUGCGGAGUGCACCAACUAUGACCUGUGCUCCUCCUGUUACCAUGGAGACAAGCACAACUUACGCCAUAGGUUCUAUAGAAUAGCCACUCCUGGAACUGAAAGGAGUCUGAUGGAGCAGCGCAGAAAGAGUAAGAAGAUCGCUGCCCGUGGGAUUUUCCCCGGGGCUCGCGUGGUCCGGGGCGUGGACUGGCAGUGGGAGGACCAGGACGGCGGGAACGGGCGCAGGGGGAAGGUGACGGAGAUUCAGGACUGGAGCGCCUCCAGCCCUCGUAGUGCUGCCUACGUGCUGUGGGACAACGGAGCUAAGAACCUGUACAGGGUUGGGUUUGAAGGGAUGACGGACUUGAAGGUUGUCAACGACGCUAAAGGAGGCACAUUCUACAGAGACCAUUUACCCUGUCUGGGUAAGCUCGGUGAACAGAGUGCAGGGAGCCGGGCAGGGCCAGGAGGACUGGCCAUCGGAGACCAGGUGAACAUCGACCUGGACCUGGAGAUUGUACAGUCCCUGCAGCACGGACAUGGAGGCUGGACAGACGGCAUGUUUGAGACCCUUGGUUCUACUGGUACUGUUUGUGGGAUUGAUGAGGACCAUGACAUUGUGGUAUCAUACCCCAGUGGGAACAGGUGGACCUUCAACCCAGCAGUGCUAACCAAAGUCAGCACCUCCACCAGCUCCUCUGCUGGAGCCAGCGCUGACACCUCCGCCAGGGAGAACUUUCAGGUGGGAGACCUGGUACAGAUCAACAGCGACCUGGAGAGAGUCAAGAUGUUACAGAGAGGCCAUGGAGAGUGGGCUGAUGCCAUGCUACCUACCCUAGGUAAGAUCGGCCGAGUGCAACAGAUCUAUCAUGACAGUGACCUGAAGGUGGAGGUGUGCGGAACAUCCUGGACAUACAACCCUGCUGCUGUGGCCAAGGUGGCUUCAUCGGAGGCAGCGCUGGGCAAUUCAUCUGGGGAACGUUUGUCUGCCCUCCUGAAGAAGCUGUUUGAGACCCACGUGUCUGGGGAUGUCAACGAGGAACUGGUCAAGGCUGCUGCAAACGGUGACAACCAGAAAGUGGAAGAGAUCUUGAACAGAGCAGAGUCAGAUGUAAGGGCCAAUGGUGUGUUUGCUGGCCACACUGCUCUGCAGGCAGCCAGCCAGAAUGGCCAUAUAGACGUGGUGCGCUGUCUAAUAAGACACUCUUGUGACCUGGAGGUGGAGGACAAGGAUGGGGACCGAGCCAUGCACCACGCCGCCUUCGGAGACGAACCCACGAUAAUCGAGCACCUGGCGCGAGCCGGAGCGGACCUGAACGCACGCAACAAGCGGCGACAGACCGCACUGCACAUCGGGGUCAACAAGGGUCAUGUGGGCGUGGUCAAGAGUCUUCUGGAACUAGGUGCUCAUCCUAGUUUACAGGACUCGGAGGGUGACACUGCCCUGCACGAUGCCAUCAGUAAGAAGAGAGAUGACAUGGUGACCCUGCUGCUGGAUGCCAACGCAGACAUGACCAUCACUAACAACAAUGGCUUCAACGCUCUGCACCAUGCAGCGCUCCGGGGAAAUGCCAGUGCCAUGCGCAUCCUGCUGUCGAAGUUGCCUCGGCCGUGGAUCGUAGACGAGAAGAAGGAUGAUGGGUACACAGCGCUGCACCUCGCCGCCCUCAACAACCAUGUGGAGGUGGCAGAGCUGCUUAUCCACCAGGUAAACGGCCAGGCCAACAUGGAUCAUCAAAAUGUGAACCAGCAGACAGCACUACACCUUGCCGUGGAGAGACAGCACACUCAAGUAGUCAGGCUGUUGGUGAGAGAGGGAGCAAAGUUGGACAUGCAGGACAAGGAUGGGGACACGCCCCUUCACGAAGCCCUGCGGCACCACACCUUGUCUCAGCUGAGACAGCUGCAGGACAUGCAGGAUGUGGGCAAGGUGAAUCUCCUGAUGGGACUCGGCACCCAGGGUGCAGACAAGAAGAGCAGUGCCUCCAUCGCCUGCUUCCUGGCUGCCAACGGUGCCGACCUGCACAUUAAGAACAAGAAGGGGCAGACCCCGCUGGACCUGUGCCCCGACCCCAACCUCUGCAAGGCCCUCAUCAAGUGUUUCAAGGAAAGGCACAGCCCCCCGAUGCAGCCCCUCCACGGUGGGUCCAUCCAUAACGAUGAGGAGGCUCUGGAGGAGUGCAUGGUGUGUUCAGACAUGAAGAGGGACACGCUGUUUGGGCCGUGCGGACACAUCGCAACCUGCUCACUCUGCUCGCCUCGUGUAAAGAAGUGCCUGAUAUGUAAGGAACCAGUACAGUCCAGAACUAAGGUUGAAGAGUGUGUUGUGUGUUCCGACAAGAAGGCAUCAGUCCUGUUUGAGCCCUGCCUGCAUAUAUGUGCCUGUGACAAUUGUGCCAGCCUUAUGAAGAAAUGUGUGCAGUGCAGAUCUAACAUAGACAAGAUGGUGCCAUUUAUCGUGUGCUGUGGAGGGAAACCCCCGAUGGAGAAGUCCCAGAACCAGGUGCAGGCUGGAGGGCAGGCAACAAACAAUGCUGACAUUCAGAAGCUGCAGCAGCAGCUGCAAGAUAUCAAGGAUCAGACCAUGUGCCCUGUGUGUCUGGACCGGCUGAAGAACAUGAUCUUCCUGUGCGGCCACGGGACCUGCCAGUUGUGUGGGGACAGGAUGACCGAGUGCCCCAUCUGCAGGAAGCCGGUGGAGAAGAGAGUCCUCUUGUACUAGUUGCUGGUACUGCAGGAGGAACGUGCACCAGCCAAUCUUACUAUGUAGUCUCUACCCAGGCCUCUCUGUGGGCUGUUAGAAUAGCAGAAAUUUGCUAGAAUAGGUAUGAUAUUUUGCAAGAGGAGUUGGCUUGCUAUACUUGCACAGCUAUGCUAUUUGGGCCAAUUUCCUCUAUAUCUUUUUUUAACCCAAAGAGAGGUCUGGAUAGAGACUGCAAUUCUAGUGUGGAGCCCUCCUCCACCCCUUUUAAGUGCAAGUAUAGGUAAAUAGUGGAUGUCUGUGAUUUGAUGCUUGAAUAGGAAAAUGUGUCUUUUAAGGUUCCUUGAUGAGCCACUCGUGCUUGAUAGAUGUUUGAUAGAGUUCCUUUCUGUGUAUAUAUCUAUCAAUGUUGCUGUAUCAAAGUACGGUGUCUUUUCCUGUUAUGUUGUCAUUGGAGGUAACAAUUAAAUGCUGUCUAGACAAAAUAGAACUUUAACCAUUUCAUGCACUCUUGUUAAUAGACAUAGGAUUUUAUCAUUGUACUGCCAUACUGUAAAUGCAGAAACUUUCGCGGUGGUUUAAUGUUCGCGGUUUUCGCAGUGGCUGCUUUACCGUAAACUUAAAACCACCGUGAACAUUUUUCCAUGCCAGUAAGAGACUGCAGUGCAUGGUGCUCCCACGGACUUAAAACCACCUCGCAAAAGUCCUUUUUCCCGCUACCGCAACAUUAAAUCCCCGCAAACUUAAAUGCAUUUACAGUAUUUGACAGAAAUUACCUUGGGCUCUUCUUGUUUUGUGUAUCACAAAUAGAUCAUAGGCACAAAGAAAUAAUGUUAGGUAACUGUGUAUUAAUUAUUGUGUUGUCUAUAUGUCUUAAAAGUAAUGAAAUCCUGCUUGUAUUUGAUGUAAUAUGAUAAUUUGUCAUUAAUUUAAUUUUUGUAAGUCAUUAAGUGGUAUUCAGGGCAUAGGGAAGGUGAAGCAUACGUACAAUGUACAUGCACCAGUGUUAUGGGUGGUCUGUGGUGCAUAACAUGGGAACCAAAAGCAAAAGAUUAGGCUUUAUCUGUGUUCUACUAAUCUGUGUCGGUAACAAGUGCAAACAUCAGGACAUGGGGAGGCUUUGGAAAUUUAUUCAGAUCGAAAUCGUGUCCCAGAAAUGUCCAGAAUUCUUAAUAGGUUUUUUGUAUGGGGGGGGGGGGGUCGUAUGCAGGUAUACAUCAUCAUAUACAGGUAUACACUAGGGCAAAAUGAAACCUAUAAAGAUGAAGGAUAUACGGUUUUUAAUUAAAAGUGAGUUUGAUCAUGACUUAAGAAGAAAAAAAGUACCUGACUGUAUGAACAGGAAAGGAAAGGAAUGUUGUCACAUAAUACCUACUGAAAAUACUGCACAUGUACGUAUGUGCUUGCUUACAUGUAGGUACUACUUAUACUUGCAUACAUGUUGUAUCAUUGUGUUAUUUAACUGCUCUGAAUUGCAGUUAUGAUGUGCUACGUGUAUAAGAAAAGGCACAAGGAGAUUGUGUAGGGACCUGGUAAAUUACAUCAAUAUUUAUGAUUCAGGUGGUGAAGUAGCCAAAGAUGUAACUCUAACCAUGAAGAUAAGGAUAUUAUAUACAUCUGAAAAUACAGAAAUCGCAGACCUGUAUGUUUGACAAAUGUGCCCAUAUUGACAAUUGGUUAGAACAAGGAGGUUGAAUAAGGGUUAUUCAACGUCCUUGGUUAGAAUGAGAAAAUAGUGAUUAAAAUUGUUUUGGGGAAGGCUCUAUUAUUAACUCUUUCAGAAAUGCUGUCAGCACAUUGUGUUUUUCAGCCUGAACUGCCUUUUGUGUCUAACAACAGAAAAUUGUAUGUGACUUAAGUUUUGCUUAAGGGGCCAUUGGAGAGUGCAACAUUUAUGUACUGUCAUAUAGUUUGUAACACACUAAAACUGCAACCUUUGAUCAUUUAGAGUCAUAUAGCAGUGACUGUAACAUAUGUAGAUAACAAACCUAGUGACUGAUUCAUAUACUAAACACAUAUACAGAGCUCAAAUCACACACAAAUGUUCAGAUCUGUAUUCAGCUGAGUACACCUCUUCUAAGCUUUGGUGACAAAUUAUUUAUUUAUUUGUUGUGGUUAUUAUGGGUAUAGAAUAAUCAAGCCUCUUCAACAAAGUUAAAAAUCAAUAUACAUUGGUAUAUGGAACAUCUUCUAUGUUGUGCAAAUCGACUACUGGGGUAAGAAAUGUUCUUGUGACUCAACUUUGUUCAAUAAGUGAUGGGAAAUGCUGUCACAAAAGAAUGUGCCACUAAUGUGCGGAAAAGACGUGGACAGUUGCGAAAUUAAAGAGUAGUUGGUUUCAAAAAAGGAAAGAAAUUUAACAACCUGUUUUGAAUGAAGUUUUAAUCCGCCAGGCUGCCCAGUACAUGUUGUAUCUGUACAAGACACUUACUGGUUUCAUCGGAAUAAAUCUGUUAGGCAAAACUGG